AACUGCGGAAGGAGAAACAGAGCUCACAGAGCCGUCGUUCUUAAACAGUCUGCGAUAUCGCAAGUUUAAACUCUAUUCCGACGUGGCACUAUAACUCCGACGAACAUUCGUGUAUAGCGUGCGGCUUAAGCUGGUUUCACAUCAGUUAUAUCAUAAUUGUGCAGCGGUUGAACCUUCCUUUUCGCAAGAAUGACUCGAUCGGAAUAUUAGAUCGCGAUUUGCGAGUGAGAAAUUCAAUUUCAGGAAAGUGUAUUCAAAGUGUUUCUAUGCCAAGUUUAUCAUUUAUUUUUGUUUUGAGUAUCACAGUUCACUCAGACCUCGACUCAGACAGAGUCAGAAUCUAACAUAUAUGAUUUUUUUCUUUAUAUUUCUAUGAACUGAAAACUGAACUCCGACUUGGAUAUCUCUGUGUUGCAAUAUUUUGUAGCUCCAUUGUGAAAUGGACUUUAAGAUAAGCGAUAAGCCCCGGCUUCUGUGCAUUCCCAUCGCCGGUCGCGAUUAAUUAUAUUAGACAAUGAUCUAUCUAAUAAGAUAGAUCGAUGUCCGGUGAUAAUCAUAUAAGCCGCGUUUACAUAAUGUCGAUCUGACAAUACAGUAAUAUACUAUUACUUCGGGGGAUUUACAGUGCAGUCGAAUGCAGUGAGUCGGCAUGAAACAUCUGUCAGUGGAAUCACACGUUUAGUACAUGAUUGUGAGUGUGCGCUGUGUGUGUUCUGUGUAGAAUAAAAAACCUGUUCAGUCAACGUUAUACUCCAUUAAAUCAGCUCGCCUCUUCUUUUAAAUCAACAAAUUGUACGGAAUUGUUGUGACAACACGUGUAAUUUAUCCGCACGAUCGAAAGCGGAUAUAUUAUUGGAUUAAAGCGGGACGAUUUACGGUGCAAAAGAGAAUAAGCAAAGAAAUUCGGAUUGUGUAGAACGAUCAGAUUGCAAAUAGAGCGGCUUAUUUUCCCCCUUCCUCUCCCGCGCGCAUUUUUCUCGUCAAAAGUGGAUUACAUCGCUCUGCACGUGCAGAUUUGGAAAGCUAGCGAGUCUCGAGGAACCCGUGUUAUUCUCGCUAUUUUGUUGUGUCAAGAUCUCAAUUGAAGAACUAAGUGGAUGAUGGCCAAAUGGUAUGAGAAAGAUAAAUGCGGCAAGUAUGUUGUGCGAAGAUUGCCGAUUCUCUCCUGGCUGCCGCGAUACAGACCCGCGUGGAUCUUGCAGGAUGCAUUGGCUGGCAUCACGGUCGGUCUCACCGCCGUUCCGCAAGGGAUCGCUUACGGUAUUGUCGCCGGUUUAAAUCCCGAGUAUGGACUGUACGCAGCAUUUAUGGCAUCAUUUAUAUAUAUCAUUUUUGGUUCAUGCGAAAACAUCACUAUUGGUCCAACAGCCAUUAUGGCUACCAUGGUUCAACCAUUGGUCGCAAAAUAUGGCGUUGACAUGGCUAUACUAAUUGCUUUUUUGAAAGGAUGCAUCAUUGCGCUUUUAGGAAUUUUACACUUAGGCUUUUUAUUGGACUUUAUAUCGCUUCCUGUAAUUACUGGCUUUACAUCAGCCGCGGCGAUCAACAUAGCGUCUUCCCAAUUUAAGUCACUCCUGGGCAUUCCUGGUAGAGCCGAGAGUUUUCUGGAUGCUUUGAUAGCAAUCUUUAAACAUCUUGAUCAGAUUCGAUAUCAAGAUACAUUGUUGGGAAUUGGUACAAUCGUUGUGUUAGUUUUGAUCAAGAAUAUACCAGGACGGCGUACGGGAACAACCUUGCAAAAAAUAGGAUGGCUUCUUGGUCUGUCUCGCAAUGCGUUAGUCGUAAUUGUAGGCACUGUUAUGGCAUAUAUUUUUUCCACUAAUGGUCUAAACCCUUUCACAUUAACGGGCACAAUGGGGCAGGGUUUGCCACCGAUCGCACCUCCGCCGUUUUCCACUACCUUUCAGAAUCAAACGUAUAACUUUCUGGAAAUGACUACCGCAAUGGGAACGACGCUGUUCACGAUACCGAUCGUAUCAACUAUCGAGCACAUAGCCAUUGCGAAAGCCUUCGGUAAUUAAGUUUUUGUCAUUAAA